CCCGCCCGGUGGUCCCGUCCCCGGUCCGCGGCCCGCGCCCCUGCCCCUCUCUCCCGGGCCGGGCCAUGGCGCUCAACAAUUUCCUCUUUGCGCAGUGCGUCUGCUACUUUCUGGCCUUCCUGUUCAGCUUCGUGGUGGUGGUUCCCCUGUCCGAGAACGGCCACGAUUUCCGCGGCCGCUGCCUGCUCUUCACCGAGGGCAUGUGGCUGAGCGCCAACAUGACGGUGCAGGGCCGCGAGCGCUUCACCGUGCAGGAGUGGGGCCCGCCGGCCGCCUGCCGCUUCAGCCUGCUCGCCAGCCUCCUGUCGCUGCUGCUGGCCGCUGCGCACGCCUGGCGCACGCUCUUCUUCCUCUGCAAGGGACACGAGGGCUCCUUUUUCUACGCAUUCCUGAAUCUCCUGGUCAGCGCCUUUGUGGUCUUCCUGGUCUUCAUCGCCAGCACCAUCGUGAGCGUGGGCUUCACCAUGUGGUGUGACACCAUCACCGAGAAGGGCACCUUUUCCCAGAGCUGCAAGGACCUCCAGGACAGGAACUUGGAGCUGAACGUGGACAACUCUGCCUUCUACUGUCAAUUUGCCAUUGCCCAGUUUGGCCUCUGGGCCUCAUGGCUAGCCUGGAUGGCCAUCACCACCCUGGCAUUCCUGAAAGUCUACCACAACUACCGCCAGGAGGACCUGCUGGACAGCCUGGUCCAUGAGAAGGAGCUGCUGCUGGCCAGGCCAGCCUCCCGUGCCUCCUUCCACGGGGAGAAAAGCGCCGUCAUCUAGACUGUGUGAGGGUCUAGGGAGCCUCCCCAGACCCCUAUCUGGAAGGCCUGUGCUGAGGGGUGGCUGGGGCCCCACCCAGGCUGGCCAAGGCAGCCCUGCAUCUGGCUCCCAGUCCUGUCCACCGUGAGCAGAGCACCCAGGUUCCCAUGAAGAGUCUAAUAGCGCCGGCACAUAGAGAGACCUAGGGACCCAGGGGGGGGCACGCUCCUGACUUUGUAUGUAAGCCAGGGCCUCUCUCAGACAUCCUCUGGCCGUGGUUGAUGUGGUCCAUAUGAUGCCUCUGACCUAUCUGGAAGGCCUGUGCUGAGGGGUGGCUGGGGCCCCACCCAGGCUGGCCCAGGCAGCCCUGCAUCU